AUGCGUGGUGCAUCUUACACGUUCUUUUUCCAUUUUAGGGUUUUCACUUCUCUCUCUCUCCAUCUUUUUCCCACGCCUUCCCCGCUCUCUCACACCACCAGGCACCACUCUCUUUCUCUCUCAAACCAUCUCUCACACCACCACUCUCUCUCCUCCCGUUCCCGCCCCUGCCUCCGAUUCACCCUCGCUGCACACUGCGAUCUUAAAUUUCACGCAGUUAGGCAGCAAUGGACGAGGAUACUAUCACUUCCAACACGGUUCGCCGUAUGUCAAGCCGAACUCGUAAAGUUGCGACACAAAUGGUCGCUGCACUCAAGCGGCAAUCGAACACAGGGAGCCCUUGCUCGUCUUGAAGCUUUGGAGAAUGACUAUCCAGGAGCAGAGAUGAUAGAGAUCUACAGCAAUGAUGAUGCUUAUCUUGACGGUGAAGACCAAGCUAUUCAUCUCGCGAUUUCCUGUUGUCUAUCACUCCAUACAUGAGAAGCAAAAGUUUAGGCCCGAUUUGGAUAAGAGGAAUCGCAAGGCAAGUAGAGGAUGCAAAUAUGUCAUGUGUGGUUCUUCAUGUUACUUUAUCCCCCCUCAAAUAAGAAUACUAGCUCCACCCUGUCUGAAAACAUAAUUCUCUUAUAUUUUUUUCCCACGUUCAGCAUUCAUUCCUGAACCAUUAGAAUAUCAAAUAUUUUCCAGUUUAAUAUAUAUGGCCUAAAAGUCAUUGAAAGUACGCAGUGAAAUCCUCAAAAAAAUAAUAUUUCAGUUGAACAUUUUCGUUACAUGGCAGUGUAACCUCCCGCAGAGGCCAUUUACAAUUUAUUACCAAUCAGAUAAUCUCAAUCAUUGCAUAACUAACUUUUGUUUUUCCCCUUUCCAGGUAUGAUUUGGUGAUUGUAUGGAAGUUCGAAUGGAGAUUCCUUUCAUGGUAUAUUCUCUUCUCCACAUUUUUCCCUUCUCGCACCGAGUAUUGACUUAAUUGAUGGCCUACUUUUAAAUUAUUUUUGUUUGGAUUUUUCCCUUGAGCAUUGGCCAAAGUCACCACCAAUAUUUGUUGCUAUC